AUUCUCCUAUUUUUUCAAAUAUUUUUUAAAAUGCUCAUAUAUAUCAGAUAAUCAAGGAUUAUUUUUAUUUCUGCAAAAUAUACCUGCUAAAUGUUAAAAAAAAUAUAUCAAAAAUUUGACUUAAAAUAUACGCGCCAAAACACCGACCGCCAUGAUGGUGGCGGCGACUGACGUCAUAUAAACUAAAAUGAAGAAAUGUCAAAAUGCCAGUUUGUCUUGUACUCUUGUAGUGAUUUAAUAUAAUUUAAUUUCAAGUAAAAAUGAGUUUUUAUAGCCCAUAUCGUUGGUGUGUAGCGUUGAAUUGUAAAAAUUCUACGUUGAAGACUCCAGAAAAGUUAUUUAUUAAUGUGCCGACCGACGUUUCUAUGAGAAAUGUUUGGUUGGAACUCGCGGGACGAGAUCCUGUAAAAUAUUCUAAGAAAUCUCAUUUAUAUCUUUGUGAGGAUCACUUUGACCUAGAGCAAGACAUGGAAAAUUAUAUGCAAUAUAAAAUAAUGGGCUCAGUAAAGAAAAUCAGAAUGAAACCUGGCAUUAUACCAUCUAAGUUUAAUAAUAUACCCAUUGUGAGUCCUGGCCAGGAAGCAGAGAGCUCUUCAACAAGUGUACAACCUGGUUCAUCAACAUCACAUGUUGUGGAAGUGGAGGAAGAUGAAAAUAUUUCACACAAGGCAGAUAAAGAAGUUCAAGUACAGAUAAUGCCAGUUAUGGAAUACAAAGCUGUCCAAGUGCAUUUAUCUGCCCAUUAUAGAAGCAAAGCAACACAAAUAAAUUUAAAAGUGCGGCACAGCACUACAUCUCCAAUAAAGUUAAGCACCUCAGUUGCCACUUCACCACUCAUUAAAAUGAGCACUAUAGAUGUACCAAGUACAUCAGGUAUCACAAGACCAGCAAAAAGGAAAUUGUCUACCUUGUUCGAAGACCAGUCUGAUAGUGAGAUAUCAUUUACUCCAUCAGUAUCUGGAUCAACGAGUCAAGACUUCUCUCCAAUAAAAGUCACAACAUCUGACAGUAGUUUGCCUGAAGAAAUUCAGAGGGACAAGAAAACGAACUUAGAAAACACAAUCUUAAAAAUAAAGAAAAAGCCUAGACUCUAUAUUGGUAUCCCUAAGGAACUUUAUUUUUUACUAAAUAUCAUACAAACACAGACAAACAUUUCUGAGGCAAAUAUUUUGUUGUGUUUGACAAAAAUUAGGCUAAAUAGCUCAUUUUCACAAAUAUCUGAUGGUUUUGGUUUGUCACUAUCACAAGCAAGUAAACUUUUUUCAACCAACAUAAUACCAAUCAGUAAAGUAAUGUUACCUUUUAUUAGAUCGUUUACAACGGAGUCAAUAAAAUUAAAUUUACCAAUAGCAUUUAGACAUAGAUAUAAUAAAGUAAGUUGUAUAAUAGAUUGUUUGGAGAUAGAAAUACAGAAACCCACUAAUGCAGUCCACCAAGCACUGACUUGGUCCGAGUAUAAGAAGGCCAACACAAUAAAAUAUUUGGUUGCUUGUACUCCAGAUGGAUUAAUAAGUUUUAUAUCUGCAGGAUAUGGCGGAAGAGUAACAGAUGUACAUUUAUUCGAACACUCCAAAUUUUUAGAUACUCUCCCAUCAAACACAUGUGUCUUAGCUGACAGAGGAUUCAAGCACAUUGAAACAUAUUUGUCUAAAAAGAACAUAACUUUAUUAAGGCCCCCAAGUGUUGGUAGUGGUUCCAAACUGUCAAAAGCUGAGGUACGUCAGACAAAAGAAAUAGCAAGCCUCCGGAUUCAUGUGGAAAGGGUGAUCCGAAGAAUCCGGGAGUUUGCUUUUUUAAAACCACAUUCUGUGGUUAACAUAAAUUUAGUUCACCUUCUUGAUGAAUGUAUUACUACUGCAUGUGCUCUGAUUAACAUACAAGAUAGUCUUAUUAAAUAAAUACA